GUUACAGAAGGACAGACAAUACUAAUCAAAUCACUUGGUAACCUGGAAGAUUCUUCAGCUUUGAACCUGGAUUGACAGAUUCUGAUCUCUGCUUUGAAGGGUUGAUUGUUGUAUUUUUCUUCCCCCUUUUUUCUGUUUCUUUUCUUUCCUCCCUCUUUUCCUAUCUAUCUUCACUGGAGUUGGAUGCUGAUCACAUAUUGCUCAGUAUUUGAUGAUUUCUAAAGAGGAUUCUGAACUCAAAUGGUCCCUGCUUCAUGCAAAAAGGAGUAAAUGAACUGGCGAGCCAUAACCAUAUAAGGACUGAACCUUGGAUCAGGAUCUGAAAAUCAUCGAAGUGAUAAAUAUGAUGAGUUCAGGCCAAGAUUCAAGCAAAGUUCCAAUCACCAAGGAAACUUGUUCAGAUGAAGAUGGAAAUCCGGUUCGAUACCGUCUGAAACUGAGAGAAGACCUCACUGAUGAAUCUGAACAAUGUAGAAAAAUGACAUUUGGAGAGAGAGACAAAAAUAAACCCCAUAAAAGGAUUCUGAUGGUGGGAGAAACCGGCACAGGAAAAACAACUCUGAUCAAUACUAUGAUCAACUUCAUCUUACGUGUUCAGAGAGAAGAUAAAGUUUGGUUUGAGAUCACAGAUGACAAGAGCGAUGGGAAAGCUCAAAGCCAGACAUCUGAUGUCACUGUUUAUGAUUUAUAUCUACAGGAGAGUUCAGUUGAUUUAACCAUCAUUGACACACCAGGAUAUGGAGAAACUUGUGGUAUAGAGAAUGAUGACAAGAUUGCCAUGAAGCUGCUCAGUUUAAGCAAAUCUGCAGAAGUUCAUGAAAUAGAUGCAGUGUGUCUGGUGAUUGAUGCAACACAAACACGACUCUCUGACAGACAACGAUACAUAUUUGAUGCUGUUCAGUCUUUAUUUGGCAAAGAUAUUGCUGAAAAUAUUGUCUUGCUCUUCACACAUUCAACUGGAGCUCAUCCUAAAAAUGCCCUGAUGGCCGUUAAAGAGGCCAAAAUCAAGUGUGCUGUAAAUGAGAAGAAUCAGCCCGUGUAUUUCCUGUUUGACAACUGUCAAUCAGAUCCCUUUAAUGAAGAAUAUCAAACAAUCCAGGAACAAUUAUGGAAUCUCAGUUUUACAGGAAUGAAGGGAUUCUUCAAGUUUCUUGACGCAAUACAACCAAGAACCUUGAAAAUAACUCAAGAUGUUUUAAAUCAAAGGAAGCAGUUGGAGGAAAACAUCUCCAAACUAAAAUUACAUGUUCAACAAAUUGAACAAAAACAGAAAGAGUUGAAAAAAACUCAAGAAACUCUUGAGAAACACAAGAGAGAUGUAGAGGACAAAAAAUAUGAGAACAAAGUUGAAGUGACCUACAAAGAGAAGAUUGACACAGAUCCUCUGUGUUUUGUGACCCAAUAUGCAACGUGCUGCACCGUCUGUAAGGAGAACUGUCACUAUCCAGGAUGCUGGUGGGUUAAAAAUCUCUCAUGGUGUAGUGUGAUGAAGAAUUAUCACUGUACAGUGUGCACAAAUAAAUGCCACUACACCAAACAUGUCAAAGAAGACAAAAUAUAUGAAACAAAGACAAAGAAGGAGAAGAGAACAAAUGAAAGAUUAAAGAAAGAAUAUGAUGAUAAGAUUCAUGAUGUUGAGUCUGAGAUCAAGAAACUGGAGGAAGAUCUGCAAGAAUUAGAGAAAGAGAAGAUAAAGCUGGUGAUUGAAGCUUUUCAUUGUGUUGAAUGUCUGGAGAUGAUCGCCCUCAAGACUGAUUCUCUGUUCACUCUUCAGCACAUUGAUUUUCUCAUUGAGAAGUUGAAGGAAAUCAAUGAACCUGAGAAAGCUGAAACACUGAAGAACAUCAAGAAGAGAUCAGGAGAAGCAAGCGCCGGAGCACUGGAAUACAUGAAAAAAGAUUUUUAAGAAAUUAAUAAAAAAUAUGAAAAUGCAUUAAAACAUUGAAAGAAAAUCAGAAAAUUGCAUUCUUAUUUAAAACAGAAAAUGAUUUCAUGAGAUUUGUAGCUAAUCAUUGAUUUAAUUCUUUGUAAUUGCAAUAAUGUUUUCAUAAAUAUGUUUUAAUUUGAAAUAAACUAAUAUUAA